CGGGGAAGGCACAUCCACUCCGUCUUCCUGCAAGCAGAACAAUGCUUCCCUUUUUGCUGAGCCUUAUUACUCAGUGACUGUCAACUACUUGAGAAGAACAAACCUAUCAUAGAUGGUUUCCUGUGUUCCUGUGCAUGUGAAGGAGGACCAUGACACCAUGGAAGCUGACCUGGACAAAGACGAACUGAUCCAGCCCCAGCUUGGAGAACUCUCAGGCGAGAAGCUUCUGACCACGGAGUACCUGGGAAUCAUGACCAACACGGGGAAGGUGAGGCGGAAGGGGCUGGCCAGUGUGCAGUGGAGCGUGGACGAGCCCCUGCGCCGGCCCGUCACCCCCGGGGGCCACAGGACCGGGUACCCAGUGUAAGUCCGGGCUAAAGGAGGCGGGAAUUUAUUUUCUUAAGCUUCAUUUUGAGUAACUGCAGUAUAAGAUGUAUGUAUUUUAAAAGUUCAAAAUAAAGUGUUCAUGUUGAAAAGCA